AGGUAGAUGAUUCAUUGAAGGAGUGCCCAGUAUGCCUACAGAACUUCAUUCAUCCUGUACGACUCCCUUGUGGCCAUAUCUUCUGCUUCUUGUGCGUCAAAGGUGCAGCCAAUCAGAGUAAGAGAUGUGCAUUGUGUCGGGCAGUAGUACCUCUGGAGUUCUUCAACAAUCCAGACCUACUUAAAGUAGAGGACUUGAUACGUGAAACAAAACACAGUAAAGGAUACCAGUGGUUUUAUGAAGGUCGUAAUGGCUGGUGGCAGUAUGAUGAACGAACAAGCAAAGAACUUGAAACAAAAUACUUGAACGAUGAACGGCAAUUUGAUUUGCUCAUUGCUGGAUUUCUGUAUGUCAUAGAUCUAGACAAUAUGGUACAAAUUAGGCGAAAUGAUCCGUCUCGUAGAAGGCGUGUUAAAAGAGACUUGGCAAAUGUGCCUAAGAAAGGUGUUGCUGGUUUAAAAGUGCGAUCUCCAGAUGCUCCACCAGAUGUCUCUAGGGUAGUUGUUGGAGGUCAAGGUCAGCCAGAUGGCACACAGGUUGCCACGACAAGCACUAAUACCCCCAGUGGUACAAAUGUUAGUAUGAAUAGAAGUACUGCCACAAACACUGACAAUCAAGGGCCUAAUUCACCUAUUGCUGUAAUAAGCCAAUCAAGAAACAAUACGCAACAUACAAGUAGUCAAGAUGGUGGACAGUAUGCCGACAGCCAGCUUUUGUCACAGAUGAGUUCACUUAGUGUGGAUAAUGAUGGAGAUGGAGUCAGUGUGCUUAGACAUCGUCACCAUGCAGCAGGUCGGGACGGGGAUGAAACUGACUCAUCUACUGAAGAUGAUUCAGAAGAUACUGAAUAACAGAAUUAUAUAUGUGUACAUUUUAAAUAUUUUUAUGUCACCACCAGAAGUG